CACGCGCACUCUCUUCUCUGACAUUCUGGGCUCGCUGGAGAACAACUCGCCGGAGAACCACCCCGAUAUUCCGGCGGCGACGGAAGCGUUAUUAUCACUGCGAGGGUGGCGACCCUCGUCUGCCGCCGAGGGUGGCGGUGGAAGACCGCGCGGCAACGCGUGCGAAUUUGCGCGAGCCCGAGGUAGACGCGAAGCGAACCGCCCUCUUUGCAGUUCGGAAGACCACCCCCACUUCUUCCCCCUCUUGAUCGGACGCGCGCCCUCCCUCCUCGUCGCGGGUGCUUAGACAGCCUCGGGAAUCGAAGACACACGGAUACCGAGUUCCACGGGUGAAGAACCCGCGUGUGUCCUACGCGAUUGCCCUCCCUGAGGAUUCGUUGGAACGACAAUUUUCGAGUACCGCGAUAACGUGGACGACAGCGGGAACGAUCUAUUUCCCACGAUUCCGGUGCAUUUUCCAUCAGAGGCCUCGAUUAAGUGUGCGCAGUGCUGUCACCACCACCACCACAUUGUCAUCCUUCGAGCCGCGAAAGGACAAUCUCUCCUUCCGCGCCGUGACGAAGCGGGCAGUUUAAUUGGAGUUUAUGACAAUCUUCGAUCGAGGAAUGCGAAACAGUGCACGAUGAAUUUUGUUCGCCGGGACACGAAUCAGUGGUUUGUCAGGAGGAUCGCUACUCGCUCGGACUGAGGAGACCAUCGAAGAGAUCGAUCGAAAAUGCCGCAUAAUCAUUCGGAUGCUUCGCAGAAUUCGAGAAUCCCGAGUGACGGUGUUCAGAGUGGCACCGGAAGUGUUCGAUGAGGGUGGAAGUGAUCUCAGUGCGGGAUUUCGAGAAGGAAAGAGCCGGUGCGCGCUUCAUGUUCCUCGCGAGACAGAACUGCACGAAGAAAGCUUCGUGACGAGAAUCGAUCAGCGACGAUCGGCGACGAAUCCAAAGACUCGAAUCCGAAAUCGUUCGGUGUGAGUGAUCGCGAUCGCAGAGAUCCUGCGGGUUUGGUGCGCGAGCGAUAUUGAAUUGUCACGUUUUUCGAAGUGCACGGACCGGAGCUGAUAACCGAAGGUGAUUAGUGUGGAUAAUCGAUAACUAGUUCGGGAGCCUCGUCGCUGAAACGCACGUCAGAACUAUGAUGUCGGUGGGAGGAGUGAUUCGUGGGAGGAACGGUCAUAUCAACUAGAGAACGAAAGGAUGUGGUGAGGAGCCGGCUGUGUGUGGUUCGCGAGGUUCGAGAUGUCCGCCGUAACCAGCCCGUAUGGCCCCGCGGAGAUGCUUUCCGACUCGGUCUACUAUGCGACGACCCGACGGGGCGCCGCCGAUCAGGACAGCGAUUCCCAGUACGAGGCCCAGGCCCAGUUGCAGAUCACCAGCAGUAUCCAAAGCAAGCCGCGGAACAAGCGGAAGAAUUUCAAGCCCAUAAGCAGCCGGAUGGCGGAGGUGUCCGACGAAUCCGAGAGGGACGACGACGAGCCGGAGGUCGUGGAGGAGAGCUCCAGCGAGAUCCUCGAAUACGAGAGGAAAACGAUGCUGCUGCCGGCCGAGGAGAGAUCGAAACAGAGGCUGAAUAACAACGAGGUCAGUCCGAUGGACCUCUCGGUCACCACCAGGCCGCCGUCCUCCGAGGCCGACGACGAUAGCGGAGACUCUCUUGGCUACACGGUCACGCUCGAGCAGCUGAGGUCGCGGAAGCUGUACUCCCCCGGCACAGAGGCGAGGAGCCCGAACUCCGACUCGUCGGAAAGAAGCGGGAGCGGCGUUCUGGACGCGGAGUCGUCUCGUUUGGACGAUCAGGAUACGCCGUUCGAAGAUGAGCGGGGCAAUGACGUCGAUGGCGAGGUCGAGAUAGAGGAGCGGAAGCCCUUCGAGAAUAUGAGCGAGUUCGCCGAGUCGACGAUGCAGGAACUCCUGGCGAUCUACGGGCUAGCAGGAGGCGAAGUGGCAAAGUCGGUCAGCAGGCAACUGCCGCCCACGUUCCUCAACCCGAACAUCAGCCAGCAACCUCAAGGGAAAGCGAAGGUGAAGGAGGAAAAGGACGCUUCCUCGAUGGCGCCCGGAAGUCCACCCACGCCUCCACACACUCCGCAAAGUCCGCAACGUGCGAUUCCACCUCUCGGCAACCUGUCGCAAUCCUGCCAAACGUCAAACACGAACUCGCCGAAUUUGCAACAACAGUCGCAACAGCAGCAGCAGCAAGCGCAGCAGCACCAGUCGCAAGAACAGCAGCAUCCUUUGCAUUCCGUGACUAAUUCACCUCUGAGUCAGAUAUUGGUGCAAAAUCCGGGACUGGCGCAACUAUUACAGCAAAACCCGGCUAUUCUAUCGCAGAAUCCGCAAUUGGCGCAAUUGCUGCAGCAGAAUCUGCAGGUUCAGAUGGGCAGCGUGCUUUUUCAGAACGUCAGACGGGAGGAAUCUGAGGACUCGAGGGUACCGCCGACAAUAGCGAGCCUGGCGGCGAUGAAGGUGGAGGCAGCUGACCCGAAGGUUUCCGCCUUGAUCAGGCAGAGUAUGUCUCCGGUGGCAGAUACUUUAAUGAGCGGUUCCAAGACGCCGGUGUCACAGCCGAUCAUUGAUUACUCUCGAUACGUGAGGAGGUUUACAUCCGGUCAAGAAUGCGGCAGUACGUAUUGCAAGGAAUUGGGCUGCAGAGAACAUUUUCAUUGUUUGGACUGUAGCGGUAGGGUGUUCGUGAAAAAGGAGGAAAUGAUCAGGCACUUCAAGUGGCAUAAGAAAAGAGACGAAUCGUUGCAGCACGGUUUCAUGAGAUACUCGCCGACGGACGAUUGCUCGGAAAAGCAUCCCGGUCGAACCUGUCCGCACAAUGGAAAGCAAACUCAUUAUCAUUGCAUUCACGAGAAUUGCGACAAAGUGUAUAUAUCAACAUCGGACGUACAGAUGCACGCGAAUUAUCAUCGCAAGGACUCGGCUAUCAUACAGGAGGGCUUCCAGCGAUUUCGGGCUACCGAGAGUUGCGCGACCGACCAUUGUCCGUUCGUCGGUCAACGGACCACGCACUUUCACUGUCGGCGAGCGGGAUGUCGGUUCACGUUCAAAAAUAAGGCCGAUAUGGACAAGCACAAAUCUUAUCACAUCAAAGACGAGCAAUUGUCGCGCGACGGUUUCAAGAAGUUCAUGAAAUCGGAGGACUGUCCCUUCGAUCAGUGUCGUUUUUCCCGAGUUUGCAAUCACAUUCACUGUAUACGGCCGCACUGCAGCUACGUGCUGCACUCCUCCGGUCAGCUCUUCUCGCACAAGCGGAAACACGAGCGUCACGAGUCGGAGCUGGCUUACCGGAAGUACAAGCAGGUCAGCGCCAUAGGCGGUGCUCGUCCGCCGGGAUCGUGGGCGCCGGACGAACUGAGCGCCCAGAGCUUGUCCUUAAGUUUGAACGGCGAGAGCUCGAACGAAGAUAGGGGCUCGCCGUCGUACUAUUCCCUGGAGGAUUCCUUCCAGAGCGCGAGCGACCUCGCCAUAGACCUUACCGCCCCGACCACCACGAUCGCGGCCAGCGCGAGUUCCGCCAGCCUCGAUCAGCAGCACCAUCAGCAGUCUCAGCAACUCACCACCGCCGAACUGGCCUAUCUGGUGCCGGCCACGUCGGACUGCGCUUGCAACACGAGCAGAGAGCAUCAUCACUGCGGAUUGGACCGCUGCGGGGCCACCUUGAAGGAUCCUCGCGAGGUCCGGGAACACCUGAAAGAACACGAGACGCAGGAACGUAUCACGGACGCCUUCUUCGAGGAGGGCGGCUGCGACGACAAUUGUCUGUGGGCCGACAAGGAGAAACAUUAUCAUUGCAAUUGGGAGAACUGUCGGGAGGUGAUACUCUCCACCGACAAGCCGUUCCGCAGAUUGCAGCAUUACAAGAUACACGAGUACAGCCGGCAGUUGAAUCUCUCCUGUCCCUCGCACUCCCUCUCCCCCGACGUCACGCUGACUCAUCUGACGAAUAUCGAGGCGAUGUUUAGGCGGAAGCGCGGUAGACCGCCGAAAAAUCGGGUCAUAGAAAUCUGGUCGGGCGGCGACUCCGCCACGCACACUCACGAUUCGCCGCAGGCGAUUUUCACGAGUUUUAAACUGCCGAAGCCGCAGACGCCGAAUUUAACGUCGAGUCUGCUGACGGAAGAGCGAGAGGGUAGCGUGUCGCCGUCCAACAGUCUGGGCGAGCCCGAAGGUUUCGCCACGUACAAUCCGGAAGGAUGUCCGGACGUCGUCUGCGUUUUCAGAUCAACCAGGCAUCAUCAUUGUUCGCAGCCGCGAUGCUACUUCUCCACCGACAGGCCGGACCAGCUGCUCAUGCACAGCAAGGACUUCCACGACAACGUCGACAUCCCGCCGGGCUUUGCAUUCUACGACAAGAUGGUCGACUGCCGGCUGAGCGGCUGCCACAGCAAUCGCGCCAAUCGGCACUUCCAUUGCACGAGACCGAACUGCGGAUACUCGUUCGUUAGGUACUCGAUGAUGGCGUUGCACGAGAAGCAGCACUCCGGUCACGCUGAGUCUUGCACUCAAGAAUCGAACAAUCAGGAAUGCCAGACGCAGCCGCAGUCGUUGGUUCAGGAAACGAAACCCAGAAUUCAAGUGAAGAAUCCCGCCGAGCUGAUCGACAAGCCUGACGACAACUUGAUGGCGAUCGAUCAGGAUAACAGGUUGAUGAUUGAGGAUAAGGAAUCCGAGCUCGCGAGUCCCGAUAGCGGCAAGACCACCGUGGUGAGGGCGGCUGGCACCUAUUAUCCGGUCAGCGGACCGCCGAGCGAACCCGCACUUCCGGGCGUCGUGCUAUCCAUGCGAACUUCCGUGCACCAAGAAUCGCCGGUCAUGCCGUCGAUCAGCUCCACCUCGCCGCACACUCUCUACGGACCGGAGCAGAGCUGCAGCAGGCCGUUCUGCAAACUGAAACGCAAGAAUCAUUAUCACUGCAAUGCGUGCAAUCAGGCGUUCUCCGAGCUGGAUCGCCUGGUCGCCCAUAUAGCGAAGCACUCGACUGGCGCCAUCCUCAGCCAGCAGCAGCACGACAUGGUCAGCCCGUCGCCCAAUCAGCUGCAGCACGAUUACAUCGCGCAGCUGUCGCAGAAGCACGACUUCAUGUCGCCGAACGCUCAGAUGGCUCAGAACAUUCAGAACUUUCAAAAUCACAUGCAGCGGCAGAUACAGCAGAGCCUCGGCCAGCAGCCGCAGUCCAAGGACAUUAAAUUGGAGAAACCGAGAUGCAGCACCGACAUCGGCGUGCAAAAUGUCCCGAACAUCAAGCGGGAGCCUGGCGAGAUUAUCAUCAAGGACGAGGGUAACAAUUCCACGGUGGACAGUCACGAAAACGGGCAGCUGCCGCAACCGCUGAUCCAGCCUGCGAGCGUGCAACAGCCUGCGGUGCCGACCAGCUUCGAGCUUGAUCUCAGUCACGGUUUUCACUUUCCGAGCCCGGCCGUGAUGGCCGCGAUGAAUCAACAGAUCGCCCUGAUGAAUCAGGCUCUGCCGCCGUUUCUUCAGCACGGCGGAAUGUACGCCGGCGCACCCGGGCUGAUGUUCGCGCCCGGUUUGCCGCCGACGAAUUUUCUGCCACCCACGAGAGACGAGAAUCCCCUGGCUUCGUUGGCAGCUAAUCUUAAUCUAAACAGAAAGCGAUCCCUCUCGCCGUCGGACGCUAAUUCGCCGGAAGCCAAGAAGCAAAGACUUCAUCACUCGAUGCGUAUGCUGAAGGACGAGCCGGUGCCGGAGGGAUACGUCAGGUUCAGGUUCAACGAGGAUUGCAGGUAUCCUCAUUGCGGCUACAGAGAGCAUCAGACUCACUUCCACUGCAUGCGCCAGGACUGCGGCUACUCGUUCUGCGACAAAACGCGUUUCGUGCAGCAUACCGCGAGACACGAGCGCCUGGACACCUUGAUGGGUGGCGACUUCCAGCAGUAUCGCGCCAAUGUGCCCUGCGGCAGAGCUCAGUGCGCUUACACGUCGUCCCUCGGAUCGAUGCAGAACAAGGCGUCGCAUUUUCAUUGUUUGAAGUGCGACUUCGUCUGCACGGACACGAACAAGGUAGUCGCCCAUCGACGGCAGCACGCUAAGCUGGACAGCAUCGCGGCGGCCGGUUUCCAAAAGUUCACACCCAGUCAACCCUGCGGAGCCGUGCAGUGCCAGCAUUCCGGCAAGCAGACGCAUUAUCAUUGCCUGCAGUGUCAGUACGCGGUGCUGGGUCUUGCGCAGAUGUCGGCGCACAAGUACCGGCACAUGGACUCCUAACGAUCUCCCGUACAAGUCCUGCGACAGGACGCCCGAGUAAAGCAUUACCUUGAUCCCUGUAGACAUUCCCUAGAGAGAAUGGCACGGCCAUCUUCCCCCGACUAGGUGGAAAAUCGAGCGAAACCGGUAGUAGGGGCUAGUCAACGACGAUUCGUCUCGAUUCGAUGCCCACCGUCAAUAAUAAUUGUCCCACGAGCAAGAAGGUCGAAACGGUCAUCCGCGGAAUUCCGCGCGCGCGCGCGGAAGUGGCCCGUAAAAGACAAAUUCCUAGUCCCUAUAGACAUUCCCCGAAAAAUCACUCGAGUCCCUCGGUCGUGCGCGAUCGAGCGACGUUUUCUGGUAACGUGGAUGAUCAGUAGGUAAAACCGGUAAGGGGGCUAGUCAGUAACGUUUAUCUUCGGAAUGAGUACUAAUAGAUCGAAAUCUUCAAGUCAGAGUACGUCCGGUAUUUGCGAUUAAGUCGAGCGAACGUUGACAGGCAACUCGGUCUCCUCCGUACUUAGAGUCUGAGCAGUCAUGUGAAUCGACGAUAAUACGAUCGCGUUAUCGAGCAGUCUUUCCAAGCUCUAGAAACGCUUUCAACUGUAAACGAGACGGAACUUUGAUAAAUUUAUUCGAGAAUUACAAGGUUUAUACAUGGUCGAAUCUCAGAAUAUAAUUUUACCAUGCCUGGUCGGGAACGUAAACGAGAAGCGUGAGAAUGUGGCGUAGCACCUAAGACAAUAAUACGAAGACAAGCCUAUAACAUAGCUUUAGCACGGAAAAAGACAAACUAUAAUAUUUAAUAGGAGAAAAAAAGAGACCCUGUACAUUUUUUCCCUUUCUUAGUAUCGUCCUGUGUACCCUCCGCGUGAAUAGUCCUCACGAUGAUUUAGACUCUAGAUCUUAGAAUAGUAUAAUGCGUUGUUGGAAUAAAUGCGUUAAUGGAAUAAAACUUCGAAGGAAAAAUAAUAUUGAACAAAAUGUCAAGUCGGCGAUAUGAUAAUCCGCAGUUAGAAUUUUUUACGUGCUGCCAGACAGCGCGGAUCAACGCGGUCUUUCACUUCGGCACCGAGAAUGAAGAAGCGAGGGGAAGAUAUCGUCUUCCUAUCGUCUAGACACUUGAGAACUGCGAAGUUAAAAAUCGUUUGUUGCGUUAUGCCGAUGAUUUUUCCAUUGCACAAUUGAUAAACAAGAGAAGACUUAUAAUACAGAUAUAAAAAUUUCCGUGAGACUUUUUAUCUGUUUAUCUCAAAUUACAUAAAAUCUUGAAUUUCCCGCAACAAUUGCUUUGUAUGCGUUAUUCCGUAUAAUAAUUAUAAAUUAUUUGCGUAAAUGGUAAUUGAUUGUGCAAUGAUGAUUCAUUGAACUUUGAAAAUGCUGCAACAUAAAAAGAAAUUACACAUUCUUCGGGAUAGAUUACGUUCUGGAGGGUACGCGGUGUGAAUAUUACGAACAGUAUUGAUAAACUGAGAGUUAAGUAGAAAGACUGUGAGCCGAGACAAGAGCGGAGAAACAGAAUAAGACAGAGCGACGAUCGUUGAACGAUCAAGUUAAAAAAACGGAGAAAAUUAAAAAAUUGGAGGUAGACGUUAAAUUAUAUGUAUAUGUACGGAAAGAGAAAAAGUAUAUUCAAAAUAUAUUCUAAAAAGCGGUCAGUGAUCGACAUAACGCAAAGUUUAAUAUAUGUUUGUAUAGUAUAUAUGUAUUGUGAUUGGUACGAAUUCUACGGAGGAACAGAUUUCUUGCGUUUCAAUUUCUAAAGCACGCUCAACGAUGGUACGAUUCUGUCCAAUUUCAUUUUACGCAAAGUUUAUUUUUGCGGAUAUUCUCGUCGUAUACUCCUCGUCGAAUUAAGAGUAUCAAUAAGAAUAAAAAUUUGUUUUACAAACAAUAAUGGAAAUAAGACUAAUUCGAGUCGAAUCGCGAUUGUAUGCGGCCAUGUUGUUUGCGUUUACAAUUUUUAUUUAUUUACGGAGUAUUUUAAUCUAUAUAUUAAAUUAUUUUAAAUUAAUUAAUUAAAUUUACCGCCUGACUUAAUAACGAUAGCAAAGACUAGAAAUUAUAAUAAUUUAAAUAAUUAAUUAACACAAAUAAAUUGAAUUGUAAUAUUAAAAAAUUGUUUGUUAUUGUUGCUAAAUCAGGUUACACUAGCCGACUCGAUUAAUGAGUUGAAUAUGACUCAAAUUACGGAUUGAAACAUUUUGUAAAAUUUUUACUAAUUAAACAAACAAGAUUUGUGUGUAAACGCAUACAACAUCUGCGAUGUGACUCGAAUUAGUCUUUUAUUCUGAAUUAAAAGCAUGUCCGCUUUUUUCAUUUUCAAAUACAAUUUCAGAAAAUGGAAUAAAAAAUACAGAAAUAAUUUGGUUAGUAAUUAAUUUGUCUUAUCUUUGGAACAAAGUACAGUUUCUUUUUGUAUAAAAAAUGACGGUAAAAGAUAACGAAACCGGAUGAACGAUAAGAAGUAUCCGGAGGCGUAUGUUCUUAUUUGGCGACCAGAAGAAACGCAUGCAUGCAUAUUUUCUCGGCAGACAAUUAAACGAAAAAUAUUACUCGGCGAAAGACGCGCUAGGGUGCCUUUAGGAUCUUUUCCAAACUUUCGUAGGACCGUGCCUUAGCGACUUAACGUACAACGGAUACGCAGGAAGCUAUUUGUUCAAUGUAGCAGCAGAGGAAGUGAACCGAAUCGACGAUCAGAUCACUUAUUUGUAGCUAUGAUCGAAUUUCGGAGCAGAAUAUCGCAAUUGCAAUUGAUCAUGUUUAGAAAGACGGAUUGACCGAAGACUGAACGCCAAUUUCGAAAUAAAAAUAACAGAUUCCUAAUGUGAUCAUUGUUUUCGAUGAUCAUGCCGUGCGGUUCCUGAAAUCAAAUUCUUUCUCAGAUUCAUUUAAUCGACUGACCGGAAGACGAUCGUAGAUUUAGCAACUGGAAGACGUUAGUGCCUUAAAGAUACGUCAACUAGAUGAAACUCCGCGAAGUUAUAGUCGCCGAUAUUUAGAUGGCAAUUUUAACGUUUUUACAUUUUUUACAAAACAAUCUACAACUUAUUUAAAAAAUUUACUUAAUUUGUACAAUUUAUCGUCGUCGAGAACUUCCCUGAUUCUCCAUAAAACUAGAUUCCCGACAAACAUGUUGACAUGCAAACGUCUUGCGAAAAGUUUUUUUUAGAGUUGUGGUCUACAAAACUUGUUGAUGGAAAAUCUACUUUGGUUCUACACAUUGCAAUUAAUAUUUCUUGCAAAAUGAAGAAAAAUCUCGUAAUGUUGCAUCAGGUAGAAAAAAAAAUUAUUUACCAUAAAUAUUUACGUUUUAUGUCACGAUUAUUAUGUCAUCACAACCCAAACGUGUCCGCUCUCAAUUAAGAUAUCGCCGUAAACUUAUAUUUUUUUUUGUUAUCACGUUAAGCGAUAAUGAUUGUCAGUCACUGCUCUUCUAAUUUACAUUGUAGACAUUGGUCGGCCAUAAAUUUGAAAUCACAAAAAGAUAUCGUCGCAACAGACACAUACCCGUCAUAUACCCGAGAAAGAUGUAAAUAAUUUCUCAAAUAAACAAAAUCUCGUAAAGUGUUACACAUAUCGAAAGUCCUGUAAUAAAUAGUCAUAUUUUAUCGUCGAAAAUGUGUCCUGUUUCUGCAGAUCAACUCUGUAGCAUUAACUGUGAAGUAAACAAGAUAGCUUAUACAAGUUGUGUAUAAAAGUAACAUUUUAAGUAGUAACGAAAAAAACUGUUUGUAUUAAUUAAACAUGUCUCAUCCACGUGAUUCGUAAUCGUGAAGUCAUUAAAUUUUGGAGACGAUAAAUAGAAAUCAAAGUUCAUAAAAAAUUUUACAAAAUUAUAUUUCAGUAGUCAUACUUAGUCUUUACAAUUUUUCACGUCACAGCUAAACUCAUAUAUAGGUGAAUUGAAACGAUGGACCUAACGAGACCGAGAUUACAUUUAAUUCGAUCGGUCGAUUAGAUCCCUUGGAAGCGAGCCGGGGAUGGACUCGAGUAAUGUUCUUAUAAUUUUUCUUAAAUAUUACAAUAGUAGCAUUCCAUAGCGAGUCAAUAGUCAUCGAUCCUGUCCACGUCGACGGUGCAUCGUUCUUACGCGGCAGUUUAUAAAAAAAAAAAAUCGCGAAGAGAGUUCGUCGAUCUCGCAGUAUCGCGUGUCGCUUCGGCGAUGUAAUGCGAUAUCGAAGCGGAUACCAACCCCAG